UGGUAAACUUUGUCCAAACCUGUUCACAUUGUCUGCUUCUUCAAGCUUACAUACCUCCAGACAGGAUACUGCAGCGUUCUCAGUGUUUUUCUUUACAAAAACUUGUUUCUAUCUAUAUUGGAAAAUAACUUUUAAAAUGGCAGAAAAGACUGUGAGUGUUUACAUGGCCAGUGUGAGCGGUUCCCUGGAGAUGAAGAAAAGUCAAGACAGAAUAUUUUCUGUUCUCUCUUCAAAGAAGAUCCCCUUCAAAGCUGUGGAUAUUACCCAAGACUCUGAAUACAAAGAUUUAAUGAGGAAGAUCGCUGGCAAUCCUACAGCACUUCCCCCACAAAUAUGCAAUGGAGAUCAAUACUGUGGAGACUUUGCUGCAUUCGAGAACGCAGUUGAGUUGAAUCAACUUGAGCAGUUCCUCAAGCUUUAAAAGAAAUACCAAGGAGCAAUGUGGGAAAUCUGGAAAUACCAUUGUUGAGCUAAUUGCACAGUUAUAAAGGAAUAUAAUGUUGAUUGCAUAUGUGCUUGUGAUGUGUUAUUAAUAUUACUUAAAUACUACCAAGAAAUGUUUCCGUCAAAUGUGAGGAAUAAGUGGGUUUUUUUGGUGUAACAGUACAU